AUGGGAAAGAAGGUUAAAAUCGGAAAACAGCGUCGUGAUAAGUAUUACAAGCUCGCCAAAGAAGCUGGAUACCGAUCACGUGCCGCAUUCAAGUUGGUCCAAUUGAACAAACGCUUCGAGUUUCUCGAAAAAUCACGGGCCACCGUUGAUUUGUGCGCAGCUCCCGGAGGAUGGAUGCAAGUCGCCUCGCAGUUCAUGCCCGUCUCCAGUUUGAUCGUUGGAGUGGAUUUGGCGCCAAUCAAGCCCAUCAAGAACUGUAUCGCUCUUCAAGGAGACAUCACCACCAAUGAGACGCGUGCCGCCAUCAAGAAGGAGUUGAAGACGUGGAGUGCGGACUGUGUGCUCCACGACGGUGCUCCAAACGUGGGUCUCAACUGGGUCCACGACGCCUUCCAACAGAACUGUCUCACGCUGUCCGCCCUCAAACUCGCCACUCAAAUCCUCCGAAAAGGCGGUACUUUUGUGACGAAAGUGUUCCGUUCCAACGAUUAUUCGUGUCUGAUUCGCGUUUUCGAGAAACUCUUCAAACGGGUCCACGUCUGGAAACCAGCUGCGUCUCGUCUCGAAUCCGCCGAGAUCUUCGUCGUCUGUGAGGUGUAUCAGAAGCCCGAGAAGGUUGGCGCCGAGUAUCUCGAUCCGAAGAAGGUGUUCGCCAAUCCAGAUGGAUCCGAGGGAACGAAGCCGAACCCCCAGAAUAUGUUGAUUGGGAAGCAGAAGAAGGCAAAGGCAGAGGGAUACGAUACCAAUUCUCUGGCAAUUCACUCAAAGGUCAAUGCCUCGGAUUUCAUCAAAUCUUCAGGAUAUCUAGACAUUCUGGGAGAGGCAAAUGUGAUCCUUCUAGACGAUCCAAAAUGGAAAAACCACGAAAAAACGACAGAAGAAGUUGUGGAAUACAUGAAAGACGUCAAAGUUCUGGGUCCUCGAGAGCUCAGAGUGCUCCUUCGCUGGCGAAAAUCCAUGCUGGAAACUCUGGAAGCCGAACGGAAAGCCGUGGAAGGAGAAGCGCAGGAUGUAGAGAUUGAGGAGGAUCUGACGGAGGAGCAAAUUGAGGAUCGGGCUAUGGCUGAGAUCGAUGAGCUCAUCGCCAAAGCAUCGGAGGACGAAAAAGCGGCUCUGAAGAAGAAAAAGAAGAAGAUGUUGAAGGCAAAAGCCAGGGUUUUGAAGAGAAGAGAGCUUAAAAUGAUUAUUGAUGGAGACGAGGGACCACAGGCUGAGGAUCAGGAGGUGUUCCAGUUGAAGAAGAUUCGCAAGGCCAAGGAGUUGGCGGAGAUUACCAAGGAGACGCAGGCGCCCGAUUUUGAGAAUGUGGAAGGUAAGGGGCGAAGAAAAUCGAGUUUGAAAAUUCCUGAAAUUCCUGCUGAAAACCUAGCCAAAAUUCCAAUUUCAUGUACAUUUUCAGAUUCGGACGACGAGGAAGGACUCGGUGACGGCGAAUGGGAGACGCAUGAGCAAGAAGUAGGAGGCGAGGAUUCAGAUGAGGAUGAGAAUGAACUGAUCCAUACGGUGAACUCGGGACUUUCGAAGAAGGAGAAGAAGAACGUUCGGACGGAAUCGUGGUUCGAGAAAGAGGAAAUCGCCGGACUGAUUUCGGAUGAGGACGACGAUGACGAGAUGAAUGCGAUCGAGAAGCAUAUUGGCAAGAAGAAGAAGGAGACGAAGAAGUAUGAGAAUACGGUCUCGUUUGACGAUGGAAACAAGAAAAAGAAGAAGGGCAAGAAUGGCGCGGAUGACGAUGGUUUUAAUACCAAAGAUGGAGAAGACGUCGAGAUGGCCUCGGAUUCUGAAUCCGACGCCGAGAUGGACGACGCGGCCAAAGAGAAACUGAGUCGUUUCGACGCUCAAAUCGAUUUGGACGACGACGAGGAGGAGAGAUACGAGGACGAAGGAACAAGAGCCACGAAGAGGAAAGCUGAUAAGAAGAUCAUUGGAGAAGACAUGAAACCAGUGGAAAAGAAGCGAAGACUAACCCCCGAACAGCUGGCCAUCGGAGAACAAAUGAUUUAUUCAUCGAAGUCCGCCAGAGAGCUCGAGGAGAAUGCGUGGAAUCGGUAUGCGAACAACGAUGAGGAUCUGCCGGAUUGGUUUGUGGAGGACGAGAAGAAGCACUACUUCAAACAGACACCCGUUACCAAGGAGCAGGUGGCGUUGUAUCGCGAGAGAAUGCGCGAAUUCAAUGCGAGACCGUCGAAGAAGGUGGCUGAGGCGAGGGCUAGGAAGCAAAAGAAAAUGCAACGAAAACUGGAAUCGGCGAAGAAGAAGGCCGAGGGAAUUCUGGAGAACGAUCAAAUGGAGCACUCGGAGAAGGUUCGAGAAAUGAAGAAGGUCUAUGCGAAUGCCACAAGGAAGGAGAAGAAAAAGGUGGAAUUGGUGAGAAUGACCAAAGGAAAGAAGGGAAAGACGGCACGGCCAGGUGGACAGUACAAAUUGGUGGAUAGCCGUAUGAAGAAGGAUCUUCGUGCCGCGAAGGCCAAGGAAAAGACCAAGGGACGUGGAAGAGGACGUGGCGGAGGCGCGAAGAAGGCUGGAGGCGGAAGAGGUGGCGGUCGAGGCGGUCGAGGUGGACGUCGUUAG